UGGAAAAUAGGGUGGAAGGUGAUGGGGAGUGUUAAAUGUAUGUAAAAGACUAGCAUACAGUGUGUAGGUAUUUAUUUGUGGAACGUUUCUUUUCUUGUUUGUUCUUUAUAUUUUUGGAUGUUGUCAGUUACAGGAUAUAAUAUAAUUAGUCAUAUGACCUGCCUAACAGGUUGAAAUGUCAAGCAACAGGUUUCAAGAGAUGCUAUGUAUUUAUUGUAAACAGCAAUAUGUUGGGAGGAAAAAGACCACGUAAAUGACAUCCUUUUGUCACUGCUUUUCACGUGGUUAAAGAACUUGCAGAAAUUGUGGGAAAUGGAAUAGGAUGAGGGAGGUGGAACUGGAUGGAAUUAGGUUUUGGUUGAAGUUGAAAAUGUAAAGAUCUCCAUUUGUGUUGUGUCACCCUCACAGAAAAUCAGAGAAGUGUCUGGUAACACCAAACAACUUUUCCACUUCUUGUCUCAUGUGGUCAGUAAAAAAAAUCACCUAUUAAUCUAAACUUGUCUGUGUCUGGGACAGAAUCCAUUUCCAUUUGUAGAGAACUGUAGAACUUCUCUCUUGUUGUAUUAGGAGUUACCUUUGUAGGAGCAUUAACAAUGGUCAAUAUGGCAUCAUGUCUAUUUCUGAUGGGAAUCCUUCAAUUCAUUGAACAGAUGAAUGCAUAUGUCCAUCACCAGGGCUAAGGGGUAAAGAGUUUUGGAUACAACUACUACUUCUUGUCACACAUUUUAGUCUUGUACUACUGCCAUGCAUUCCAUCAUGAUCCUGUCCUUGGUGUCUUGAUGUCACCUUUUGGCCCUACCACCAAGGAUAGAUUUUGGCCUAAUUUGACCAUAAUCCUGGCUUUUUCUUUUAUCAUAGCAAAUCCAACUUAGGACAUAAGUCCUUGGUUUAUUGAUUUCUCACUCCAGAACAAUGCAUUCUUAUAUCUACCUUGUUUUGGCAAUCUCAUCUCAAGGAGGCCCACCACAUGUCAGCACUUAAUGUCGUAAGAUGAACAAGAGAAUCGUAAUGCAUUCUUGAAGCAUUUUGAAGAACAGUUGAACAUUUAUGAAAAGAUUGCUGUAAUUACCUUGGUCGAACUGACUGGUAAGGAACAAGUGAUCGGAAAUGCCUACUUGGACCGAAUUCUAGAUUUCAACUCCAAAGACAUCAUCUACAUAACAUUUGACUUCCACGAAUAUUGCCGUGGAAUGAAAUUUGAGAAUGUAUCAAUCUUAACUGACUGCAUCAAAGAUAUCAUCCGAGAUAUGAGAUAUUGCUGGGUUGACAGUAAAGGCAGCAUCUGUGACCAGAAAGGGGUUUUUCGAAUCAAUUGUGUUGACUGCCUCGACCGGACAAAUGUUGUACAAACAGCCAUUGCAAGAAUCGUCAUGGAAACUCAGUGUCGGAAACUUGGUUUGCUUCCUCCUGAUGAAACACUACCCCAAAGUUGUCGAGUGGCAUUUCAGUUGAUAUGGGCCAAUAAUGGUGAUGCGAUCAGUCAUCAGUAUGCAGGAACUGCUGCAUUAAAGGGCGAUUACACACGAACUGGAGAACGCAAGCUGUCAGGUCUAAUGAAAGAUGGCGUCAAUUCUGCCAACAGGUACUACCUUCGUUUCAAAGAUGACUACAGACAAGCAGCCAUUGAUGUGUUGUUAGGCCAACCAAUUGCUGAAGAGACAUUAUUAAGUGCUGGUUUACAGGAAGAGGACAUUGAAGGGGAACUUCUGGAAAAGGAAGAGAAUGUACGCACACUAAUUGACGAUUUGAAGAAGAUGUUAAUUGUGGAACCAGAGCAAUGUCUUGGAGGAUGGAGUUUGGUUAAUGCUGAUCCUGUAGUUGGAGAUCACGAUCGACAGGAAAUGGAUAUAAUACUGCUUUUGAGUCAACGGGCAUUCUACGUUGGUUGGUAUGACGAUGAGAAGGAAGCCGUGACGCAGUACCAGCAGGUUCUCCUGGAAGACAUUGUGAAAAUCGAAAUUGGGUUGGAACCAUUGCUGUUUAAGUCGAAGCAUGUAUGUAUGCGAAUACAUUACAAUGGUCUUACUGAAGAAGGUUUCUUUCACACAUUUCGUGUACCAAGCACUCGGCUCUUCAAUAAUGUUGUGGUUUCAGUGAAGAAUGAAGACGACGCUAAAGAAUCACUAAAAGCAGUCUGCCAUUGUUUUUUGGCAUCUAAGAAUAUUGUUCCUAAUAAUUUCGAGGUCGUUGAGAAGCAGAAACUUGAGCGCAUGAAGUUGAAACCACACCCUGAAGUGAUUGACAUUGGGAAACAGUUGCAAGAAACAUCGUUGGCUGCCAUUAAUCUUCCUAGAAAUGUAUCAGAAUCGAGUCUCAAUGAAACAGAAGAAGAAACUGAAAAACAACUUCCUAACCAACAGCAGAAUCAUGGUUUCUUCCUAUCUCCCAAGCUUUCCUUUAACACUGAAAGCAACAUUCACAAGGGAGAUUUCUCCAACAAGCUUGGCCUCCCACUCAGAGGAACAUCCCUUCAACUACCAAAGCUGAACUUACAUAACCUAAAUCCCAUUAAAAAUGUCAACCUUAAAGCUUUGCGACUUCCAACUGUAUUCUACAGUAAUAAAGAAACUAAAUCGAGUAUGGAACGCCUGACCAUUAGUACAAAACAUUCUGGUGAUGAGGUUUCUGAUUCAGGUAAUUCAUUGAAACAUCUGCCUCCUGAAGGAGCUGGGAAUCUGCCUCAGUCAUCAGACACGGAUGUUGUGAGCAACAAGAACCUUCUGGAUAUGACACAAGAUGAAAAUACGGACGUAAUGUUUCGAAGUUGUGGCAUUUUAGCUACUAACCCUAAACAGCUCUUUGUGACAUCUUUGAGUCUUUCUUCUGAUGUUGAUCCUGAAGAAUUACCUCAAGAGAUUUCAACUGCCAUCGAUGAAACAAGAAAAUCUGAGGCAGCAGAUCAACUCAAUAAUUUGCUCAGCUUAGAUUUAGUUUCCUCUGAGUCUGAAAUAGAAAACUCCAGAAUGGCCCUUAAUAAUAAAACAGAACAGGAGAACUUUAUGAGCAACAUUCCUGACACUUAUGCCAGUUCUUAUCCAGCUUCCAUCCAUGAUGAUUAUGAUGACAGUAGCAAUAAUUACGAUCACUUUAAUUAUGGUGACGCCUCAACUGAACUUGCAGAACAUUCUAGAGACAUGUCAAACCAACGAAGGAGACCCUUACCUUUGAAACCUUCCUUCAGUGAUGGUGCAAUUAGUUCUCAUCCUGAUAUAAAUACCUAUCCUGAUCUGCAAAAACCGCUGCUGUUAUUGGAAAACAAUCCUUUCACAAAAAUUGGCCAGAAAAUCCAAUCAAGUAUGUCCCGAAGUUCUUCGAAAGCAACUGUUGAUCUAUUGAAAGAACAGGUUUUAGAGAAAUUGAAGGAUAGAGAAUGUGAAACUCAAAUUAUAUUUAUAUAAUUACCCACCCCCACCACCUCCCCCACAACCAUUUCUAAACUUCCUUUCGUUUUUUUUUUUUUUCAUUUUAAUGAAUAUUUUCUCCCUUCCAUGAUUUACAUAACUUUACAAUUUAUUUUUAAUAGAAUUUAUGAACAUUAGCAUUUAACAAUGACUUUGGUUGUUUCAAAACAUGACUAAUGUGAAGAAACUGCAGAGUUCUUUACCAAAACUUUAACAAAUAUUAAUAACCAAAAAAAAAAAAAAAAAAAAGGUAAUUUUCUUCAAAUCUUAAUAUUUCCAUUAUUUGUUCUCAGAGUGUCUUAUGAGUUAUAUUUUCAUUACUUUUCAACUCGCAUCUAUUUUUGCUCACACACACACACAAAAAGGAGAAAAUGGACAAAAAAAUAUUUUUUUUAAUGCAACUGGCCUUCUACUCUAAUUAACCUAAAGCUAAUUAACAAAUAAUUAUGAACAUUAAUAUUUAAAAUAGAAAAUUCAUGUUAAGUUUUGUAACAUAUAUAUGUAUGUAUAUAAUAUGUUGUACACAGAAGCAUAAAAGGAGGGAGGACUACAGGGCUGUCAUCCCUGAGUGUAUGUAUGAAGGGGUAAGCAAUUGGGAGCACCAAAAUUGUCUUUGUUGUUAGGCACUGAGAAUCAUUGCUCUGCUAUUGAUUCAAUGUCUAACCCAUGCUAGCAUGGAAAAAAAAUGGAUGUAAAACAAAUGAAGAUAUUUGACUUGUUUUGGCUUAAUUUUCACUUCAUUAAAUUAUUGUUUAAAAUAUCUGGAAACAUGAGAUUUUGGAAAGUAGUUUUUAAAAUCUUUUAAGCCCUCAACGUGACUACCACCACCAACAACAACAACAACACAAACCACCAAGGAACACUAGCCCAAACACCACCACCACCCUAAAGUCACUCCACUACCAAAAAAGAAAAAAAAAAAAGCCUCCAGCAAAUUUUCUUUUAGUUUCAAACUCAUUUGCAAUCAUUCACACAUAUUAUGGAACUAAAUUGGAAACUUGUGAUGUUUAUGAUUUCACUCAACAUGUUUAGUUUAAUGUUGCAGGACUUUAUUGUCACAGUUUACUCUUUUAAAAGACAAGACUUUUAUAAGACUAAUCUCUACUUUCUUCCUGUCUACAGUUUGUAUAUUAAUAACCAAACACAUGACAAGCCCUCCGAUAAGAAGUGGCUCUAAUGCAAAUGAUUUGUUCAUAAUAUAUGCUUCCAGGUCCUUUCUAACACAGCCAGAUUAAGGGAUAAAGAGAGCUGGAUUAUUUGCCUGCAGUGAUAGCACUGUCCCGUUCUGGUAUAUGAGUCACUUUAACUCUGUAGCUCUUUGGUCGUCUUGUUUCUUUGACAACACUCUCAUUUCUGCAUAUUUCAUGAGAUGAAGAACUAUUGCAAUACAAAAUGUUACUAAUUGUGUUAAUUAACUCUUCUUCUGUUAAUUGUUAUCUCUCAAUAGAUAUUUCCUGGAAGCCCUCCAGCUCAGUCUAUAUAUAAUGAGGAAAAAAAAAGAUAAUUUUGCUUUUAUUAUGGCUUUAUUGGGAAAGGGUAUGGCCUAGUGGUUAGUGUUGCACCCAUGAUCAUAAGACCAUUGUUUCAAUCCCUAAGUUGGACGGUACAUUGUGUUUUUGAACAAAAUACUUUAUUUCAUAUUGCUCCAGUCCAUUCAGCUGUAAAUGAGUUCCAGCAAUAGUUGGGAAGUUAACUCUGCAAUGGACUGGUGUCCCAUCCAGGGAGAAGUGUCCUCAUUUCAGUUACUCGUAUUCCAUAGAAACUGGGCUCAGCCCUGUUCUUAUGAAUCCUUGGGCUCAUGACAGACAUAAGUCUGUUUGUGGCUUCAUUUGCAAAGAAACAGCAACCCCCAACAACCCACCCACUUCCGCUAACCAAAGUCUUUAAGAGAUUGAUGAGAGGAGGAAGAAACCAGGACUCAUAGGUAAUUCUCAAACCAGAGACCUUAUCUCAAUGCUUGUGGUCUCUAUGGAAGAUACCAAAGGGCCUACAGUAGUAUCCCCUCUUCAUCCAGGUGGUGGUGUUACCAGGUGACAUACACCUAUCACCAAUUGUGACUAAUUCAAAAUGUUAUUGCAAUUCAAGGGAUAGUGAUAACUUGGUGGUUGUUGUUAUGUAAUAUUAUUAUUAUUGUAAGGCAGCAAAAUGGCAGAAUCAUGAGCACAUUAGGCAAAAUGUUGAAUGGCAUUUCAUCUGUAGUAAAGAUUGUUUGCCAAUAUAACAUGGCAGUCCUGGUUUAGGACGAAUGUUGCUGUAAUUUAUCCCCAGGAGGCCUCAUCUGCUACUGGCUAUAUGACACGAUCUGUGUCCUUAUAUAUGUUGGCAAAUAAUCUUUACUACAAAGUACUGUUGCUGAAUAUCUCUCGUUGUGAGAUUUACAAAUAGUAAUUUUCUAAGGCAUUUUGUCUGUCUCUAUGUUCUGAGUUCAAAUUCCACCAAAGCUACCUCUACCUUUCAUUCUUUCAGGGUUGAUAAAAUAUGUACCAGUUAAACACUGGGAGUCAAUGUAAUCAACUUAUCCUCUCCCCCAAACUUGCUGGCCCUAUGUCAAAACUUGAAAUCAAUAUUUGUAUUAGAUCUAUGGCACAGAAGUGAUCUAUCAAGUUAAAUAUGAUUUAUUUCUUUUGAAUGUGACAAAAACAUUUUUAUUAAAUUUUCAUGAUAGCAUGGGAACGAGUUGAGGCUCUUCGGUUGCUAUAUUCAACUGGUCAAGAAACUAUGAUGAAGCUCCCUUGUUAAAUUGUGUGGCCUUGUUAAUUACUGGUAUAUUGCAGGUAUGAAAGCUGAGUGUACAAAACAUGAUUAUAAAGUAAAUGCAAAAAUUGUUGUUUUUUUCUAAAAUAAUUGUAAAUAUGUUUCAAUUGAUAUUAAUACUAAGUUCAGUUCAUAGAGCAGAAAAUGUGAAAUAUGUUAUAAAUAGUAUAGAAAUAUAUUACUAAAGCUUCCCUAAUAUGACCUCUAUAUCAACAUACAUAUACAUGUAUUUGCAUAUCUAUGCAACCAUAUAUUCAUCCACACUCCCAAAUAUAUAUAUAUAUAUAUAUAUACUUUAUUUAAAAGCAGCAGAAACAUAACAAAAACUGUUAGAGUUUCAUGUUCCCGUUCAUUUAAGGUUUUCUUCAAUUUUGCAAUAGGAUGAAUUUAUAUUGAAUUCAUUUAUUUUGUUCAUCGCAUGCUUAAGACCGUUAAUUGAAAGGACCAAUGAAACAAAUCCAUUUUUAAAGGUGUAUUCUUUAACUAGUUUUGAUUAUGUUGUUAUUUCUGUUCCAUUUUAACAAAACUGUCCGAUGAAUGGGAACGUGAAACUCUGAGUAACAGCUUUUGUUAUAUUUCUGCUGCUUUUAAAUAAAGCAUAUUACUUUA